GAGAAUUAGGAAACGAAUUAUUUUCAUUUGUGCCAAAAUGAAUCACUUUCAUGAGGAUAAACUAAGGAUUCUACCUAUUUCAAUGAAGGAUUUGGGGCCUCAGCGGCACUUUCGCUUACCGGUGGGUCCUUUUCUGGCCCUUGGACUUUUGCAAGUGCCCGUGUGCAUGGCCUACAACCUGGUGAUGGCCAUUGCCACGGAUUUUGCGGCCACGACAUACACCUCGUGCCAUGUCUUCAAUUUUUUCCCCACCACAUCGGCGGCUGCCAAGUCGCAGCACACUGUUUGGGUCUUUGCAUGUUGGAUGGAGUUUCCCUUCUGGAUUGCAAAUGCCUGGUUGCAGUUCCGCUUUUACCGGAGGACCUUGCCCAAAGCGGUCCGAAGUUUCGGCUGCCUGAUAGCCAUGUUGUUGGCGGUCAGUAGUUUUAUUAUGCUGCUCUGGGGAACCUUUGCCCAAGUGGAUGGCGACUCACUGCUGCACAUUGCCAUCGCUUUGUCCCUGUUUAUGUCGUGUGCCAUCUAUAUGGCGGGAUCCUUCGUGUGCUGCAAGUAUUAUAUGCUCGAUAAGGGUAGACAGCAGCUGCACGAGGAGCUGUCCAUACGGCUGAAAAGCAAACUGGUUUUUCUCUACUUUGUAACCGUGGUGAUAAUGUGGCUAUUUUACUUUAUCCACCAGAAGUUUUGCCUUCCCUUGGCCUACUCCAUUUUUGGCUUUGGGGAGUUUGUCUCGAGCGAGUGCUUCUGUUUGUAUCUCUGCCUGGCUUAUUUCGACAAUUACCACGUCUAUAUAUGCUACGACCAGCGAAUGGGUUUCUUCCUCAGUGAAAUCUAA